AUGGCAUCACGUCAACUGCGAAUCGAAGAACAAAACAUUUUUAACAAUUUCAUUUUUGUGCAAGAUAAGCAAGAGUUAAUUAGCCUGGCACGUGAUGGACAUAUACAGAAAUUUAGUUCUUCAGGCCAAUCGCUGGGACAAUCAAAAAAUACUUAUCUCUCUAAUGAUCGACAUCAAAACAUCGCUUUUCUAGAAGAUCGACAAAAUAACAAAUAUAUUAUCUGUCAAGAUGAAAAAUACAAUAUUCGUUUAAUACGCUAUGUUGAUCUAGAAGAUGUAGCAAAUCCCAUCGAAAAUGAUACCUAUAAUCACGUGUUGGACACUACAUCAAAUACAGCUGUUGUAAGUUUGAAUGCGAAUGGUAAUGUUCAGGUUUGGAAACGUGGUGAUGAUGGAUUAUAUACUAGGAAAUAUCUGAGUACGAUAAAAAGUUAUUAUAGUCAAGAUGCUUAUAAACCACUUGCAGUCAUAGGUGAAGAUAUUAUCGUAACGCAAGAUGAUGAUUCGCAUAACAAUUUUAUAUUACAUUAUUGGCAAAGUAGUGUCCAAAAAAAGAUUUCAAGCAGUAUUAAUCCGAAUGUUUACUGCAUUCAGCCAUUUCCAACGGCUGGAUUAAAUUUUGUCGUUGCAUACGACGACAAAACAAUUAUGAAAUAUUCAGUUGAUGAGAAGCAAAACAGAAUCGCAGAAACGAUUGUAAGUCGUGAUGGUAACAAUGGCAACGGUUGGAAAUCUUUGUCUAUAUCAAGCAAAGGGCAUAUAGCCUUUAGUGAAAAUACUGACCGACAGGUUAUGCAUAUCCAGUAUAAUAAUGUAGACGUGAAAACAAUUCGUUGUCCUACUCUUUUACAUUUUAUUGGAUGGAUAUCUGAUGACAGCAUUUUAGUAUCGAGAAGCAAAGAGGAUGUUUAUGUUAUGGAUAAUGUUUUAGCUUCACCUUAG